AAUCCUUUAAUACAAAUACAACAAGAUAGAAUUAGGGUUUCCUCGUGCAACGCAAGUUCUCUGUUACUCUACCUCAGUUCAUCGACGCCAAUCCAAUCAGAUUUCUUCUCUAGGAGAUUGCUGAGAAGUUCAUUAUCUGAUUACUAGUGACAAUGUCGUCGAAAUUCUUUAGUCAGGGUGGUGACAGUGAGACCGAAGAGGAAGAGAGUGAUUAUGAUGACCAAGAAGACACUAAACCAGAGGAGCCCACACAAGAUAAGAAUCCAAACAAAUAUAUUGCCGACAACGAUAGCGACAGUGAUGAUUCUGAAGGUCAGAAGCGCGUUGUCCGGCGAGUCAAGGACAAACGCUUCGACGAAAUGUCGGCCACAAUCGACCAAUUGAAAAACUCUAUGAAAAUCAACGAUUGGGUCAGCCUGCAAGAAGGGUUCGAGAAAAUGAACAAACAGCUUGAAAAGGUCAUGAGGGUGACCGAAGCCAAUAAAGCUCCAAAUCUGUACAUCAAGGCCCUCGUGACAUUGGAGGAUUUCUUGAACCUGACAUUGGCCAAUAAGGAGGCGAAAAAGAAAAUGAGCAGCAGCAAUGCCAAGGCUUUGAAUUCAAUGAAGCAGAAGCUCAAAAAGAAAAAUAAGGAGUUCGAAGAUCUGAUUAACCAGUGUCGCGAAAAGCCCGAACUUUUUGAGGAAAAAGUCGAUGAAGAACCCGAACCUGAGGAUGAGGACGAAGAUGAUGACGAGGAUGUUUUUGACGAGGACCCCACAAAUCUUGAAUCUGACGAGAGUGAUGAAGAGGAAGAAACCGGAAAGGACUCAACUGAACCUGGGUGGGAAAAGAUGUUGAGCAAGAAAGAUAAAAUGAUGGACAAACAGUUCAAGGACCCCAGCCAGAUUACAUGGGACACCGUGAACAAGAAGUUUAAGGAGAUUGUUGCUGCCAGGGGUAAAAAGGGUACCGGUAGAAUUGAAUUGGUCGAGCAGCUCACUUUUCUAACCAGGGUUGCCAAGACACCUGCUCAGAAGCUCGAGAUUCUUUUCAGUGUGGUCUCUGCACAGUUCGAUGUUAACCAGAAUCUGAGCGGCCACAUGCCGAUUAACGUGUGGAAACAGUGUGUGCAGAACCUGCUAACUAUUCUCGAUAUGCUGACUCAGUACUCGAAUAUUGUGGUCGACGACAUGGUGGAACCUGAUGAAAACGAGACGCAAAAGGGAGCGGACCACAGUGGCACGAUUCGAAUUUGGGGUAAUUUGGUGGCCUUUCUUGAAAAAAUCGAUUUGGAGUAUUUCAAGAGUCUUCAGGUUAUUGAUCCACACACACGCGAGUAUGUUGUGAGGCUCAAAGACGAGCCCACUUUCUCGGUUCUUGCUCAGAAUGUGCAAGAGUAUCUGGAGCGGGUCGGGGAUUUCAAGGGUGCUUCGAAGGUGGCCCUUAAACGGGUCGAGCUCGUUUAUUACAAACCACAGGAGGUGUAUGAUGCUAUGAGGAAACUCGCUGAGCUGGAUAAUGGAGAAGCUGAGUCAGUCGAGGAAAGUAAGGGGCCCGCUGCAUUUGUUGUGACUCCCGAGCUUUUGCCCCGCAAGCCCACUUUUCCGGAGAAUAGCAGGACUUUGAUGGACAUACUUGUUUCACUUAUUUACAAGUAUGGGGAUGAGAGGACAAAGGCACGUGCGAUGCUUUGCGAUAUUUACCACCACGCCAUCUUGGAUGAGUUUUCGACGUCCCGGGAUUUGUUGCUGAUGAGCCACCUGCAGGAUAGUGUGCAGCAUAUGGAUAUAUCGACACAGAUUCUCUUCAACAGGGCUAUGGCACAGCUUGGGUUGUGUGCUUUUAGGGUUGGUCUCGUUGUUGAAGGCCACAGUUGCCUCUCUGAGCUGUAUUCUGCUGGUAGGGUUAAGGAAUUGCUUGCACAAGGUGUAUCACAGAGCAGAUAUCACGAGAAGACUCCCGAACAGGAGCGACAGGAGAGAAGGCGUCAGAUGCCUUAUCACAUGCACAUAAAUCUCGAGCUUUUGGAAUCUGUCCAUCUUAUCUGUGCCAUGCUGCUGGAGGUACCCAACAUGGCAGCCAACGCCCAUGAUGCCAAACGCAAGGUCAUAAGCAAGAGCUUCCGAAGGCUUCUCGAAGUCAGUGACCGCCAGACAUUCACGGGCCCACCCGAAAACGUGCGGGACCACGUCAUGGCCGCCACACGUGCGCUCAAGCAGGGCGAUUUCGACAAGGCCUUCGCUGUAAUAAAAUCCCUCGAUGUUUGGAGGCUGCUCAGAAACAAGGACAUUGUUCUUGAAAUGCUCAAGGCUAAGAUAAAGGAAGAAGCUCUAAGGACCUAUCUGUUUACCUACUCAGCCUCGUACGAUUCUCUGAGCCUUGACCAUCUUUCCAAGAUGUUUGACCUCUCGGAUUCGCAGACCCGAAGCAUUGUUAGUAAGAUGAUGAUUAACGAGGAGCUCCAUGCGAGCUGGGACCAGCCGACGGGGUGCAUUGUAUUCCAUGAGGUUGAGCACACUAGAUUGCAGGCACUGGCUUUCCGGUUGACUGAGAAGCUGGCGAUUAUUGCUGAGACGAACGAGCGGGCAAUUGAAUCGAGGAUUGGGGGCGGUGGUUUGGAUGGGCUUCCUCUCAGGCGCAAGGAGGGGCAGGAUUAUGCCGCUGCAGCUGGCGGUGGAGGUGGCGGCAGUAGGUGGCAGGAGUUUUCAUUUAAUCAGGGCAGGCAAGGGAGCUCCGGUGGGAGGACCGGUGGGUAUAAUGCCGGUGGCGGCAGAGGUGGUGGCUACAAUAGGGAUAACCGGCAAGGGCGCGGCGGUUAUCAGAACCAGCGGCAUCAGGAUGGGGCUGGCCGGGUUUAUCAAUCGGGAUCGAGUGCGAGAGGUGGACAAAUGGAUUCUUCGACAAGGAUGGUUAGUCUUAACAGAGGGGUUCGCACUUAGUGAGCGGACAAAGAGAUAAAAGUGCUGUUUUUGUUUCUGUUGUUUUCGUAACUUCAAUCUAUUUAUCGGGUUUGGUAAUUUUGUGAUAAUUUUGACUGCAGCGGCAAAUAACUUGGCUCUCUGUUUUAAUUUAUGAAAUUUUGUGGUAUGAAAUUUGAUUGGAUAUUGGAACAUUUGGUUAUCAUCUUUGAUAUCUUUUAUCUUUCCAGCAG